GCCAUUAUAAAAAGGAGUGAUGCAACGAGCCGGCGACAACUGUAACUUUAGCAGCUGAACGCGAGAACACUCCAGUCGGAGGAGAGCAUCACAACACACGCGUUUUAUUCAGUCAAAAUAAGAUUUCGGAAUGAUGCUUCAGCAUCCUGGUUUCGGUCCCUCGGAGAUCAGUGCGACUGCUUUGGUCCCCUGCCUCUCCCCGCCCGGCUCACUCACGCUGGACGACUUCACCAACUUCACUCCAUUAGUGAAAGAGGAGCUGCGCUACGCCAUUCAGAACAAACGCCUGUCCAACGGCAUGAGCACCCUGACCACUGACCGAGCGUGUAUGAACACAGAACGCCCCACUGAACUACCUGUGAUGAAGCGUGAGACCAAUCCAGUGGAGAAUGAAAGGAGAAAAAGAAGGAGAGAAAGAAACAAAAUUGCAGCAGCGAAAUGCAGAAACAAGAAAAGGGAGACAACAGACCAUUUACAAAAGGAGUCAGAGAAGUUGGAGUCCGUCAAUGCUGAGUUGAAAGCCCAGAUUGAGGAGUUGAAGAACCAAAAGCAGCAGCUAGUUUAUAUGCUCAACCUGCAUAGGCCCACCUGUAUUGUCCGUGCUCAGAACGGCCAGACUCCUGAAGACGAGAGGAAGCUCUUCAUCCAGCAAAUCAAAGAGACCACCCUGCAGGGUCUGAAUCUUACCACAAGUGGACCAACACACACCUCAAUACCAACUAGCUGUGGGCAUCUCUAAAUCACAAGCUGUAUAGGCAAGAAGCUAAUGGUUUGGCAGUCCUUGCCAAGGAACGCUGGAAGGUUCACCCACGUUAUAAAGGACUAAACACGGGCGCCUGCCAUGCUGCCAGUUAAGGUCGAUCUGAUGUACACUGAAAGAGACUGUUAAAGCACUAAAGUGUCGAAGGACUUAUUUAAAUGUGUUCGUAAUUGUAUGUAUGUUUAACAUGAUAUGCUUUUUAUAUGCACCAAAGCCUGAUGUCAUGUUGAUGCUAGAACAACAUGAUUUCAUUUAUUUAUCAGCUUGUUGGUUAAAUGAAACCCUGGCGGUGUGUUUGACAGCAAGUACUAUUCUAGUGAGAGAAAAACAAAUGUAGUCAUUUGCGUGUAUCUUUUUCAUUUAUUGGCAAGACAUACAGGGUGACGAAGUUGUUCAGUUUAGUUACAUAUUUAUCUGUGGCCUCUGCCUUGUUAGGUGUCCACAUAACCUGCCACAUGAAGUAUUUCAAGCUGCUACUAAUCGCUCAGGACUUGGCCUAUAUAUAUAUUGCAGGAAACUCAUUAAAUAGACAGAUCAAAUAACAGGGAAGUCGACACGAAGUGGACUUUGAGACAAUGAGGUGUCCCGCACACUACUUACAAGGAAGUUUCUACCCUUCAUCACUGAAAGCCUUCUCGCUAUGACCUCAAACGUCUGACUAUGUUGUUGUUACAAUGCUGUGAGCAGGAAGAUCUGCAUUUGUCAGCCUACUGUAAAAAAAAAAA